UAACCAAAAAAAAUGGUUAAGUUUAUCAAUUACGUAGUAAAAUUAAAUACCUAUUGCCAAUACAAUGAUUGAAUUAAAUAUAUAAAUUCCAACAACUUAGAAAUUAGGUUUCUAUUUAAUCCUUAAUAUUUGUGAAAUUUUUGUACACAUUGUGAUAGAAAUGUCUUUUUCCAUUCAUCUCCUUCAUUUCAUAGCAUUUGUGGACCUGCUGGCGGUGGGGCUGAUCCUACCGCUGGUGCCGGCACACGCGCGGCAGCUGGGCGCCAGCCACGUCGCAGUCGGCCUGCUCGGCUCCGUCUACGCCACGUUCCAGCUGGGUUCCGGUCCCCUUGUUGGCAGUUUAAGUGAUGUAAAAGGACGGAAAACAAUAUUAAUGCUGUCAUUAGUAGUGUGUAGUGUGGCCUACGGGCUCACAGGAAUUGUUACCUCAGUUACCAGUAUUUUAUGUUUAAGGGCACUUUUAGGGUUAUUUAAACAGACCCAAAUGUUGACUAGAGCUAUGGUGCCGGAUUACGAGGGUUGUGAGACCAAGCAAUCUGAAAUAUAUGGCAAGAUGGCUGCUAUCUCUGGAGCUGGCAUCACAAUAGGACCAGUCAUCGGAGGACAUGUUCUUGAAGAUUAUCCCGAGCAUGGCUUUAAAUACAUAGCACUAGCAGUUGGUGCAUGCUUUCUUCUGAAUGCUGGUCUUGUUUACACUUUGCCUAAAACAGUCAAAAGGGUCAAAAGGAAAUCAAGAGAGAAACAUGGAGCAGUUUCACAAAAUGUUGUUAACUUUGUUACUCUAAGCUUAAGACAAUCUGUGAUAGAAUUGUACAAAGUAAACUGGUAUAAAUUUUGGGAUGUAUUCAUGUUAAAAGCCUUAAUAGGGUUUGCUAUGGGUGUGUAUUAUUCCAAUUAUUCUUUGUAUCUGAAAACUAUUUACCUAUUGUCUCCUAAAUAUGUAGGCUAUGUAAUAUCAUUUCAAGGUGUUAUCGGAUCUCUGUCUAGUUUUUUCAUGGGCUACAUCAAUAGAUUAUAUUGUGAAGAUAAUGAUUACAGUUUAAGAAAUUUGCAUGUAUUUGCUAUAAUUAGCAUAUCACUGAUAGGAAUGAUCUUGUCAUCCAAUGUAUAUGUAUAUGCAUUCUGGUUAAUCCCAUUAGCUAUUGGCAAUGCUACAGGCAGGCUUGUAACAUUAGAAAUGAUAUUGAGACGAAGCCACGGACACCACAGAGGGACUUUAAUUGGUGCUUCCAAUAGUGUUCGUUCUUUAUCUGGGAUUGUAGCCCCCAUGGUGGCAGGGCUGAUAGGCCAGUAUGUUGGUGUUACCUAUGUUAUAUAUGCUUCUUUACUGGCAACUUUAAUUGGACUUGGCAUGAGCUAUCACACUCGAAACACAAAAAUGAAAAAUGACUGAGUAAACUAGUAAGUUAUUUAAUUCAAAAAUAAAUAAAAAUAAUGCAAAA